AUGACUAAAUCCUUGCCACCCACUGCUCCAGCUAGACUUCAUGCUGCUGAAAGCGGCACUCUCAGAAAAGGAGUUGAUAUCGACGCCAUGGUGACUCAAGAUAGCAACCCGCAAUCGCAGACGCGAUUGGAAGACGCUCGAAUAACACUGUUGGAAAAGAUCGAUAUCACUCUCGAUGUUAGACGACUUCAAGAUUGGAAACAGAUCGUGGCCUUACAGGAGAUGCGGACCAAUCUCGAUCGCCGCGUUGACACUAACGCUUACACAGGUCAACUGGCUGCUGGCCCUAUCUUCCAGCCGGCAUUUCGCAUGCUGCAAAAUCGACGGGCAGCUUGGAGGGAUCUGUCGCUGCCCUCUGCUGAACGCGAGAAGCUUCGAAGAAGUCGAGUCCGGAACCCUGCAGGUAAGCACUCCGAGGCGCUGAAGAUAUUGCACUAUAAGCUUAGGACUGGAGCGAAGGAAGAUUUUCAGUAUCUCCGACGGCUCGAUGCUGCCAAAGCAGACAUACGUGACCAGAGAUGCCAGCUGCAAGCCACAUUGAAGGAGCUGAACGAGCAGACAGCCGAGCCGAAAGUCGACACUGAGACAGAAACCGAAGACGUUCAUAUGCUAGAAGCGCCCGAGCCUUCGAUAGAUGAGCUCAUCGGCCAGGAGCUCCACGCUCGUGGAGGGAAGCCGAAGCGUCUGCGGAGGUCUUCGCGGCUGAGGAAGAAAAGCUCACCAGGUAUGCUGAACCUUCUGAAAGAGAAAACUGACCUCUACACUGACAAGGGUGAACGCCGAGUGCUGCCAUGGGAUCUCCGGUCUGGCAAGAAGACCACAGCUUGGCGGAAGGCCGGUAAGGUAUUGAAGACAAAGAUGCAGAAGCUGAACGCCUCGAAGUUGUCCUGCACAUCAAGAAGCUGCGAGUCCGUGGUGUCCGUUGACUCAACGGUAUCUUCGACGGUGUCUUCGAAGUCAUUAGCGAGAUCUGUGGCGUCGUCGCUCUCCUCGAUCUCGUCGGUCUCGUCUGACGAUAUCUCACUCGGGGACUUCCCAGCACCGCCAAAGCCACCCGCGAAGCCAUCAGCGGUAGCAAAGGUACCAGAAGUCGUGCUUGAAGCAGCAAAGAGCCUCAAGGUCCGCUUCCGGGAGCCUCGUACCGGCCGACUGGCGUGCAUUGCAGAAGACGCAUCUGGAGGUCAGCCGCCAUGCGGGAGAUGUCUGAAAGAGAACAAGGACUGCGUCCUUGCUACGUCGAACCGUGGAGGCUCACGCAUACGGAAGAAGAAGGUCGACCAGAAUAAUGUGUCUGGUGACCAUGCUCCUCUCACCUUGACCGCGUCGCACGCGAGCAGCGCUAUCUCGCAAGCCACUCCUGCCUUUCAGAGACCUUUUCCUCCUGUGUCGCCCGAAGUUGCCCACCCGGGACCGCCCACAGCAACGGCCACCGAUCAUGAGAGCGCGAUAGAUGACCGCGAUGCGGACGAUGACGAUGAUGCUUCGACGGCCGACAGCGCGAUCGCGACAGCCAUUCCAAGGAACCCAUCGGACGCGUGGCAGCUUCUCAAAGAUGUAGCAACGCGAGAGGCUGACAACCUGGAAAGGAAAAGAGAAUCAGUGUCUAACGUUUCAGGACAGAACAGCUCUGCACCAGGUGCACCAAAGGACGCACGAGGAUCUGUCAACGGAGUGCAUGCUGGUAUCGCCUCGUAUCGCCUCGUACGUGAAGGCUACUUGACUGUGGACGUGGUCCAGAUGCUGGUACAUCGAUUCUUUGACAACUACCAUCCAUAUCUUCCCCUUGUGCCCAGGAAAUACUUCGACACCUCUCAACUGGACGCCUUCGCCGUGAACGACAAGCACUUAUUGACGGCAGUGCUGACCAUCUCAUCAAAAGACUUGAUCGAGCAACCUCAUAUUCACGUAUGCUGCUCACGAUAUAUGCAUGACCUCAUCUCAGGCAUCGCAGCUGGUGCUGACUGUGAGGUGGAGGCGGUCGAAGCACUAUUACUGCUGGCAGAGUGGGAACCACAGGGCCUGCGAAACCGAAUCGAAGCCGUCGGACGAGGUGAAGAAGACAGAGCAGCAUGGAUGCAUGUUGGCAUUGCCUUAAGGACUGGCUACUAUCUCAGUCUGGACCGGACGGCCUUUCGGAGUGAGACAGAGGAAGAGGCCAAGGUCGAUAGUCGAAAGCGCUUUGCAUGGGCCAAUUGCUAUAUAUCGGACAGACUGAUUUCCUGCAGGGUUGGCAAAGCUUUCUGGUCUAGAGGCCCAGGCCCAAUGACUGGACUGUCGUCACGAGAUUUUCCAUCACUUGCUCCAGUCAAUUCCGCAGACGAGGACUACGCGAAGAUCUUCCAGGCCACGCUGGACUUGGUCCAGAUCUAUACAAAUGUGCAUGACGUUCUCUACUCCGGCAUGCGCACAUCCGGCCAGAUGAUGCUACUCGGCGACUACGUCAAGUAUGUUGAUGACUUUCGCACAGGUAUAGCCCGCUGGAACAUCAGUUGGGGAGGCCUCUCGUGCUCACACCACAUCAAAGUUGCCCUUCAGAUGUCUUACGAAUACCUGUCGCUGUACACGAAUGCUUUCGUGUUCCAAGCCGCUAUCAGCCAGGCCAUCGCGGCAAAGCCGAAACAAGAAGAGACAUCGUUGCGAGACCAUCUGAAAGACUGGUUUUCGAAUGUCGCUACCAUGCAAGAUGCACGAUUCAUCUUCUCCAGUGUGUCUGCUGCAAAAACAUACCUCAGUCUCCUGAGCACACAGGUUGAUCCAGUUCGCCACUUGCGGUACAUGCCACUGCGCUACUAUCUCUACGGGAUUUACUCUGCUGUCUUCCUGUACAAGGCCCGUUCCUUCGGCGUAAUGGAUCAGAUGGAAGAACGACAAGUCCGGCAGCUGGUGUAUCACGUCACAGAGGUAUUGAAGCGGGCUUCUGUAUCAGCACAAGACCCAGGCUCACGGUAUGCCCGGCUGCUGGAGCUUCUAUGGCUGAAGAGCCCCACCACCACAAGCAGACCCAAUGCCACGCCCGCAGCUCCUGCAGUGGCUCAGUUACCGAUGAGCUCUCCAGCCGCUGCGUCGGACACUCAGAUGUCUACGGGAAGUUUGAAGAUGGACGCGCAGGGUUUCAUGCAGUUCAGUCCUGCGAAUGAAUUCUCAUGGCUCGAUCUGGAGGCCGUCGGCGAUUUCGUGAGUAAUGACCAGAUGCUUCAAUCCGGCAGCAACGCAAAUAUGUUCUCGAAUAUGCCAGAUUGGAACGGGGCUGGCUCUUCUUUCGUGCCAAUCGACGCGUCGGCUUGGGGCCAGAUGCCAAACUCGAAUGGUUUUAUCGACCUCAAUGGAAAUUUGUUGUUCUGA